CAAUGAGAAAGUCCUCCGUCAGUUCCCAGAAUAGAAAUCCCAUUUCGGUGCGGGACUUGAACGGGACUGUCGGUGCUGCUGUGCUGACUGAACACACAGAGAGAAACAGGCGGGUUGAAGUCAGUGAGAGGAUAUUGUUAUUAUUUUUUUUGUGUGUGUGUGUUGUUCCUAUAACACAAAACACUUCCGUCGUCGCCCUCCUCCUCCCGCGUGCUGCUUCUUUCACUUCACCUGAUGACGUCGACGCGCACCGACCUGUCAUGUUCGCUGGGAAUGGGCAUUGAACCAAACCAGGUGAAGCUCUUCCUCCGGCUUCAGCCACUGAUAUGUAAUGACCUGGAGGACAAGUAACUGUGGUCGGUUAGACGAUUUCCAGAAAUGCCCCAACAUAACAUGGAGAGCACCAGGAGCCAGUGGCAGCAGGGACCGCGGCCGCUAUGGAUCACCAGAGUGGCUGGAGGUCAAAGCCCUGCCUCCUCGGGGGCGGAGUCGGAUACGGAGAGUAGCAGCACGGAGAGUGAGAAGUCCUGUGUUAAAAAGCUGGAGGUGGGCUCUCUGAGGGUCCUGCCGUCUUCUUCGAUGCUCCAACGGCGAAUCACAGAGAUUGACCAACAAAGGGAGGAACUAAAGAUCGAGCUGCAGCUGGAGAUCGCGCUGCUGCAGGGCGAGCUGCAGACGGAGAAGAAGCAGCUGCACAGACACACGCAGAAGCUGCAGGCUCUACAGCAGGAGCACCGACAGGCGGAGAAGCACAGACACACCGACAGACAAAAGGAGCGAGAGAGUCUGGAGGAGGAAAGACGCAGGGUGGAGGGGCUGAAGAGGAGGUGUGAGGAGAAGGAGAAACGUAUCCCUAUUCAGCCAGAGAGCCAGAGAGAACAGUUAACACAGCAGCUGCAACAGGAGAAGGAGGCGAUGGAGGCAGCAGUUCGGGCCUUUGAGGACUGGGAGUUUCGUGUUCUGGAGCAAGAGAGCGGCAUUGAUGAGGAGGACGAGAGCGUGACGGACAAAGAGACGGGUGGAGUGAGUGAAGGGAAGAUGGAUAAGGAAAUCUCAUGUCAGCAGCACGUGGUCAACGCUGCACAGGAGAGAGUCCAGCAGUUAGAGAGACAGCUGAAGGAGAUGGAGAGGGAGAAGGAGAGGGAGCUGAACGCCUUGAGGAAAGAGAAGAGAGAACUCAUCCAAACUAGUCAAACGGUUCUCAAAGAGAAGAAGCCGCUCACUGAUUGGUCGAACAUCACCGGCUCAGCUCCCUGCAUGAUGUCACUUUCGCCCCUUUCCGUGCACAAGCCUCCACAGGACCCAUGCAAAGACUCCGUCAGUUUGCCCAGAAGACGAAGCUCGCAUCGCAACAACAAACUCAACGACAGGCCGCUCUCAGUGCAGGGGUUAGUGAGGACACUUCCAGACAGCCAGACCCCAACAGCUUUCACUUCCCCCAUCCCUUCCCAUAGGCUCAGCAAUGGGCACAGCAGCGGGCACAGGCCUGGGACCAGCAACGGCAGCGGGCUCCACACUCCGUGCAACAGUACAACAAGCUCUCGCGCUGCCAGCCCGUCUCUGUUGGAUCUCGUGGAGAUCGAGAAGAAACUGAGGGAAGCCAAAGCCGAGAGAGAGAAGCUCCUUCGAGAAAGGGAAGAGCGACAGCAGUUGUUGUUGGAGGAGCGACGGCAGAGAGAGCUAAACUCUUCCAGAACAGAACCACCGGAGCCAGAGACCCAACAAAGACCAGAUCUUGAACCAAAGGAGCAACCAAAGGCCAUUUCCCCUCCAAACUCUCCAACGCACAGCCUGCCCCUCUUCCUCUCUCCCAACUUUGACCUCCGGGCUCACUUGGAGUCUCUGGGUCACGGAGUAGCUGGCUGCACGGACCUGAGGCUGACGCCUCGACGCUGUGCAGGCUUCCUAACCAAGCGUGGGGGGAGGGUCAAGACCUGGAAGAAGAGAUGGUUCUUGUUUGACAUGGACCACAGACGACUAGCCUACUAUACAGACUGUGAUGAGAGGAAGCUAAAGGGAGUCAUCUAUUUCCAGGCCAUAGAAGAAGUUUACUAUGACCAUCUACGAACAGCCACUUCUUCUCCGCGACCCAGUCUGACAUUCUGCGUGAAGACAUACGACCGUCUUUUCUUUCUGGUGGCUUCUAAUGCAGUAUCAAUGCGGAUUUGGAUGGAUGUCAUCGUCACAGCAACAGACGAGCACAGCCGUUAUUGACUUUUUUGCAUAUGUGGACUGUGAAAUUUGUGAGUGAAGCUACUGAGAGGACAAUUCAUUUAGUUAUUUUCCCCUGUCUGUGGGGACUGGUGAGGCUGGGAUCCACCUCAGGGGCUGAUACUGUACCUGGACUCAGGAAUCUGUGGAUAAAGUACUUAAGACGCGGAGGUGCCCGAACACAGCGGAGGAAACUGUUACUGAAAGAGUGAUGCUUCAGUGGUGACAGAGGUUCACCGCUGAACCAGCUGCAAACCACUAACAGCUUAACACACCAGCCUGCACACUGGGUGUCUGUUACUGGGAGGUUUCACUCUUUGAGCCUGACCUCCCCCUGCUGGUCUCAGUUCAGCAUUACAGGACUGGCGUACACUACACUACAACAUCGGGUGGACACAAUAAUGGCAACACUUGUAUAAUAUAAUGCAAUUUGAUAUAACAAUAUACCUGAGUAGACUGUCAAAGAGAUUGUUUGUGCAGUAUUUUGUGAUGGAUUGCUUUAUAUUGUCUUAGCGUUUCCACUAAUAUGUCCAUAUCCGGUAUUUUUGUUUUCAUAAAUUACAUUUUCAUGAAUUAAGUUAUUAUUUGGAAAUUUAUAAUGGUUUGAUAUGCAAAUAAAUGAAGACAUACAUUGUUAUGAAUGCACUAUUAAAUGUUUAUUCAUAAAAG